AAAACAGAAGAUAGAGGGAGUCUCGGAGCUCGCCAUCUCCAGCGAUCUCUACAUUGGGAAAAAACAUGGAGUCAGCUCCGGCAGCCCCCGACCCCGCCGCCAGCGAGCCGGGCAGCAGCGGCGCGGACGCGGCCGCCGGCGCCAGGGAGACCCCGCUGAACCAGGAAUCCGCCCGCAAGAGCGAGCCGCCCGCCCCGGUGCGCAGACAGAGCUAUUCCAGCACCAGCAGAGGUAUCUCAGUAACGAAGAAGACGCAUACAUCUCAAAUUGAAAUUAUUCCUUGCAAGAUCUGUGGAGACAAAUCAUCAGGAAUCCAUUAUGGUGUCAUUACAUGUGAAGGCUGCAAGGGCUUUUUCAGGAGAAGUCAGCAAAGCAAUGCCACCUACUCCUGUCCUCGUCAGAAGAACUGUUUGAUUGAUCGAACCAGUAGAAACCGCUGCCAACACUGUCGAUUGCAGAAAUGCCUUGCCGUAGGGAUGUCUCGAGAUGCUGUAAAAUUUGGCCGAAUGUCCAAAAAGCAGAGAGACAGCUUGUACGCAGAAGUGCAGAAACACCGGAUGCAGCAGCAGCAGCGAGACCACCAACAGCAGCCUGGAGAGGCUGAGCCGCUGACUCCAACCUACAACAUCUCGGCCAACGGGCUGACAGAGCUUCACGAGGACCUCAGCAACUACAUUGACGGGCACACCCCUGAGGGGAGCAAGGCAGACUCUGCUGUCAGCAGCUUCUACCUGGACAUACAGCCUUCCCCAGACCAGUCAGGUCUUGAUAUCAAUGGAAUCAAGCCAGAACCAAUAUGUGACUACACACCAGCAUCAGGCUUCUUUCCCUACUGUUCUUUCACCAAUGGAGAGACUUCCCCAACUGUGUCCAUGGCGGAACUAGAACACCUUGCACAGAAUAUAUCUAAAUCACAUCUGGAAACUUGCCAAUACUUGAGAGAAGAGCUCCAGCAGAUAACGUGGCAGACUUUUCUGCAGGAGGAGAUAGAGAGCUACCAAAACAAGCAGCGGGAGGUGAUGUGGCAAUUGUGUGCCAUCAAAAUCACGGAGGCUAUACAGUAUGUGGUGGAGUUUGCCAAACGCAUUGAUGGAUUUAUGGAACUGUGUCAAAAUGAUCAAAUUGUGCUUCUCAAAGCAGGUUCUCUAGAGGUGGUGUUUAUCAGAAUGUGCCGUGCCUUCGACUCUCAGAACAACACCGUGUACUUUGAUGGGAAAUAUGCUAGCCCCGAUGUCUUCAAAUCCUUGGGUUGUGAAGACUUUAUUAGCUUUGUAUUUGAAUUUGGAAAGAGUUUAUGUUCUAUGCACCUGACCGAAGAUGAAAUUGCAUUAUUUUCUGCAUUUGUACUAAUGUCAGCAGAUCGCUCAUGGCUGCAAGAGAAGGUAAAGAUUGAAAAACUGCAACAGAAAAUUCAGUUAGCUCUUCAACAUGUCCUGCAGAAGAAUCACCGAGAGGAUGGAAUCCUAACAAAGUUAAUAUGCAAGGUGUCUACGUUAAGAGCCUUAUGUGGACGACAUACAGAAAAGCUAAUGGCAUUUAAAGCAAUAUACCCAGACAUUGUGCGACUUCAUUUUCCUCCAUUAUACAAGGAGUUGUUCACUUCAGAAUUUGAGCCAGCAAUGCAAAUCGAUGGGUAAAUGUAUCACCUAAGCACUUCUAGAAUGUCUGAAGUACAAACAUGAAAAACAACAACAACAACAAAUUAACCAAGACACUUUAUAUGGCCCUGCACAGACCUGGAGCGCCAACACACUGCACAUCUUUUGGUGAUCGGGGUCAGGCAAAGGAGGGGAAACAAUGAAAACAAAUAAAAGUUGAACUUGUUUUUCUCAUGCAUAUGAUUUCCAUUAUGCCUACAGAUAUGGACCCUUUUUCUGUCUCAACUUCUCAAUCAUUGACCUCUGUUUACAACUGAAGGAGGGUACUAAAGUCGGAGGAUUUCCUUUUCUUGUAGCUCACUGCCCACAGACUUUCUGCAGAGUCACCAAUCUGUCGGUAACAACAGAGAGUCCAGCAAUAAUCGGUGACUGGUGUGCAUAGCGGAGGUUGCGGCAUUAUUUUGCACAACUUGCUCUCUGUUUCAUGAAGGAAGUUUUUAUGUUUCCACCGAUUAUUGCCAGUCAGCAGGAUGGCAUGAAAAGGGUCCAUAGCACUAGCAACAAUAGCAUUAUAAUAUAUUACAGGGUAAAUGGGCAUGAAGACUAUAUAUAGCUAAAAGAGAUAUUGUUUAUAUAUUGUUUUAAUUAAUAUAAAAUGUAGUUACUGGUGUAGCUUUUCCUGUUGAAUUGAUAAGGCACUUUCAUUUUGCACCUUUUUCUUUAAAUUAAAUGCUAGCGUGUUCACUGUCGUGUCGCAUGUGCACCAGAAACACAAGUUUAACUGAGAAGGCUUGGAAGGUACGUCAGGAGGUAUUUAUGCUGCUGUUUACAAAUUACUUUUAAAAGACUGGCUGGUCAUAUCUAGAAAUCACGAUGUGGAUUAUUAUUUUUUUUUUUUACACGUGAAUUCGGAAUUAGAACUCUACCUAAAUUAUACUUUGCUUCGUGGUGAGUUUAAGGAUAGAUGUGUUUAUGCUUCAUACAAAGUUGAAUGAUCGAUUGGUGCUAUGGACUUACACCAUCAUGCACAUUAUUUUUAAAAAAGCUUUUUUAAAUGCCACCUCAUGGAGGCAGGGGAGAGAGGGGAGGCUCAUUUUACACAAUUCUAUAGUUAUAUGGAGUCCAUCUCAACUUGGAACUCUUAAUGCUUUGAGAACAAAUCAGUAACCCAAAUAUUUAUUGGAAUUCAGCUUUUAUUAUAAGAAGGACCCAAAGAUUAUAUCUGGAGCAAAUACACACUCCCCAUGUGAGGACAUGAAGCAUUUACUUUGUGAAUGAUUAUGUUCUUGGUAUAAUCUAGGAACCCUAAGAGGAUAUCUCAGAGUAAACUAGUUCUAGACUAGCUGCCUCUAGAUGCUAUAAUUCUAGAAUAUUGCUCUCCAUAGCUCACAGACCCUGGAUAGAGGGGCGAGAGAGGCAUGCAAUGCAGAACCAGUUUCUCUUACUUAAAUAUGAAAUAUUUUAAGCAUUCAAAGUGAAGUUGAUGUUAAGCUGCAAACAUUUACUCUUGUAUUUAUCUUCACUAGAAAACUGUGGACUGUAAUUUAUUUUAUUAAAUAUUUAGAAGAUUGUUUGGGUUUUGUGUUCAGGUGAGAAAUAUUGAAUGUUCUUGUUUAAUUUCAUGUUUUGGGGGGUUUUUUAUUUUAAUAAUUCCCAGGGGGGAAGGGAAAAUGAACAGUCUGAUAUACAGGUGUGCAUAUUUGAAAAAAUAAGUGCCCUUUGGAAAUGUAGGCAUUUAGAAGAUGAUUUUAGUCACCCUGGGGGUAGGAUUCAAACUUGUGGUCUGACAUCAAAGACCACGUUUGUACAGAAAAGGAAAUAUCUUCCCAUAGCAUAAAGGUGGGAGUGUCCAGGCAGCCCUUUAUAGCAAAGAAAGUGUCUCUACCACCAGGGUCCCUCCUGAAUCCUGAUGCCCCGUGGAUAACAGCAUGGGCUUCCCAGAGCCCGAUCCUCUGGCUUUAACUCCACUGAUUUUCUGACUUGUUUCCUGAGGGAUUUGGAGAAGAGGAAGGGAUUAUUCACACAAAAGUGUGUAUGAAGCCUAAAUAACAUCUUAAAUUUUGUUUUCAAAAAUAUAGUAAGGGUUUAACCAUAAAUAGAAGACGCAAGUAAUAUUUACUUAAAUUUCUUACAAGUAUAUAAAACUUUAUGUGAGUGUUUAUACAGAGAGGUUAACUAUCAGCAUAUAGUAUUUAUAUUUGGGCAAGAAGGGUUAAAUCAAAAUUUUAAUUUAAAUAAGCAUAGUUCCUGUAAGGAUCAAUAGUAUUUAUACUCUGAAAAGAGUACCACGUUUAGUUCAGUUAUUUAUUUGUCCAUCUUUUUUCCUAUUAUUUCUCUUGUGGGGGAAAAUGGUAUGGUAUUGUUUUUUGGGGUGGUUUUUUUUUUUGGUCUGUUUUUUGGCUUUUUGUCAUUCUGAUUCACUAAAUUUGGGGGUGGUUUGAUUAAAGUAUAUUAACUUCUUUUUAACCAAAGCUUUCUGAAUAUGACCAGCCUCAGGUGCUAGCGCAUUAAAGAGCAACUAAACCUAAUUCCAGUGUCCACUUGUGAAAUGAAAAGAGCUAAUUGAACUUCUCUAAGGGUGAGAGAGAGCAUAAUGUUGAGCUUAAAAGAAAUUCCUUUUCCCAGAAGGGAUUUUGCAUGUACCAAAUGCAAAAAAAAAAAAAAAAAAAAUGAUGCUUAAUCUCAAUAGUAGUCCCACCAUGGUGACAUUGCUUUUAGAGUAAACCAAGA